GCUUGUGAAAGAUAUUCAACAUAUGCAACGCGCGGUGAAAUCACGGUAUGCCCUCGAGAAAAAAGUUGAACAGCUGAAAUGAACGACCGCGGAACGAUUCGAGAUCGAACGUUGGUAUUGAGGAUUUUAGUGCCGGGGUUGGAAACGCGAUUGCGUGACAAAAAGCGAGAAUCUGAGGAUGCCGCUGCUAUGGACGGAAAGGAAUCCAAAGACUGCUACUUGGAUCUAGAGGGUGUUACGUGCGAGCCCACAGCAGCACGAAAUCGUACCUUGUGGAAUUUUCACUGCGACGGAGCAACGUAUCCUGCCAAACUUGUCAAUCUACCGUGCCCGGUAGAACUGCACAAAACUCACGACCACGCCGCAUACUUUAAAUGCUCUGAUAUUGCACAGAUGUUGAUUGUCUAUGAAGACGAUAUGGCUUUGGAAGAAGCAGAAGAAAAGGCCAUCGAAGGCUUUCCGAGCUACCACCACUCGGGGCUGACGCCUCCGAUGAAGCGAGUCGUGGAGAGAAGAUUUGCCGCCAGGGAGCAAAAGGCUGUAGCACCGCCUAGAGCUGCGGUGGUAGACGUUGAGGAUGAACUCUUGCAACUCAUGGACAAGAUUUCCAAAGACGAAAAGACAAAGCGAAACAAACUGCCUUCGCUUACAUCGGCGAGUAAAAUAUUGGAGGAAGUUGUCGAGGAAGUGGUAGACUAUGAAACCUGGAUGGAUGACUAUGGUAGAGAUCCGGAUGGAGUCGAGUUUGAUGCGAGCGAUCAUUUGUGUAGUCAGCACCCCGAAGUUUGGUUAUCUCCCGAUUUAAUACGAGCAAUCAAAGACGAAGACGAAGCUGCGAAGAGAAAGAGAAAAGAAUCAUCUGUAAAGAAGGAGGCCAAGCGGAAAGAGCGAAAAAGCCAGGAGGAGGCAGCAAAGCAUACAAAGAAGGGGAUUGCCUCAAAGAAGAAUACAGAGGCGGUCGACGAUGUGACACAAGCGGCAGCAAGUAUGUUAGCUCAAGACUUUGAUUUGAUGGGAGCCGUUGUAGACGAUGAUGACUUCUUUGGUGAUUUAGGUGAUCUCGGAGAUCUAGGUAUCAAUACAGACGACAUGAAUUUGGACGGACUAUAGACAUUGUUUCAACCCGUCAUUUCAACGUUGUUUAUGCGCUUUUAGCAGGGC